UAUAAAAGCCCGUUGAUGUUCCGAAGCAAAGCUCAUUCAAGUUUUUAAUUUUUCCGGACAAUGUCUCGUUUAGUGAUACUCGCGUUCGCUGUGGCACUUGCUGCAGUGACAAUUUCUGCAGCUCCUCAAGCUGGCUUUGGACCCGGCGAUCAAGAUUGGGGUUAUGUAACUGUUCGUCCCGGAGCGCACAUGUUUUGGUGGCUCUACUACACUACAAAUCCCAAUGUCGUGAGUUACACUGAACGUCCUCUCGUGAUUUGGCUGCAAGGAGGUCCCGGCGCCAGCAGUACUGGCUACGGAAAUUUCGAGGAAUUGGGACCUUUGGAUUUGUUCGAGCAGGAACGAAAUCACACAUGGGUUCGGAAUUACAACGUUUUGUUCGUUGACAAUCCAGUUGGAACGGGAUUCUCGUACGUUGACACGAACAGCGCUUUGACAACUACCAACAAAGAAAUCGCCUUGGAUUUGGUCGAUAUGCUACGUGGAUUCUACAAACACUCACCUGAAUUCGAAAAUGUCCCAUUGCACAUUUUCAGCGAAAGUUAUGGCGGGAAAAUGGCUGCCGAAUUCGCAUAUGAACUCGAUAAAGCAAUUAAGGCGGGAACGAUCAAAUGUGAUCUACGAUCUGCUGGACUUGGUAACUCAUGGAUCUCACCAAUUGACUCUGUUCUCUCAUGGGCGCCAUUUUUGCUUCAAACUGGUUAUGUCGAUGUUGAUGGCUACAAUAAAAUCACAGUAGCUGCUUUGGAUACCAAAAAAGCUGUCGACGAUGAAAAAUGGACUCAAGCCACAGAUUUGUGGGGAUAUACGGAAGUCGUGAUUAUGCGCGAGACUGAUGGCGUCGAUUUUUACAACAUUUUGAAGAAAAUCUACCAACCUUCAGUAGCUCGUCGUAUUGCCAGUUACCGCAAGGGACGCAUGCAUGGCGGAGCGUUACGUGAUUUGACCAAUUUUGACGAAGAAAUCAACCGUGAUCGUGUCUUGAGUGAAUUGAUGAAUAGCAAAGUUAAACAAGCAUUGAGAAUUCCGUCAAAUGUGACCUGGGGAGGUCAGAGUGGAAGAGUUUUCUCAUUUUUGGAAGGAGAUUUCAUGAAACCAUGCACUGAAGUUUUGGCGAAAUUACUCGACGAAACUGACGUCAAAGUCGCUGUAUUCACGGGACAAUUGGAUUUAAUCGUCGCUACGCCAGGAACUGUAGAAUGGAUUAAUCGUCUCGAUUGGUCAGGACACGAUGGAUAUUUAAAAGCCAAACGUACCUCGAUCGUCGUCAACAAAUAUAUCGAAGGAUAUCAACGUAAAAAUAAAAAUUUCGCCGUUUAUUGGGCAAAUCGCGCAGGUCACAUGGUUCCUGCUGACAAUCCCGCUUUCAUGGAUUACGUUCUUCAUCAAACUAUUGGCUCUUAAUUGUUUUUAAUUUUUAAAUAAAAUUUUUUUCACAUA